CGUCCACCUCGCGACUACUCCCACACCCAAAGUACUUCGACAGGUGCGAUCCUAACCUUCAUUAUGAGUGACAGCGACCUCUCCUCUGUUUUAUCGUCUCCGCCAUCGUCGGACCACGAGAUGGCUCAGCCCACACCGCCCACCAAGUCCACCAAGAAAUCAUCUUCGAAGAAGAAUGGCACUAUGCUCAGCUUCGUGGAGUCCUCACCACCAAGGAAGAAGCGCGCACCCUCUCCAGUUCACGAAGAGGUCCUGGCAGACAAUCCCGACAUUGCUUUCAUUGUAAUGUUCAGAUCACGAUUCAGCGACAUUUUUCCUACGAAACUACAGAACCUUGGACCACAGGAUAUCGAGCGUGGCGUGGCCGACCCAUUGCCUUCUCCCCAAGUCGAGAGUCUCCUUUGCGCCCUCCUCGGACUCGUCCUAAAUCGCAAGAAAUAUGUAGAGAGAGGCCACUAUGGUCGGGCACUCGAAGAAGCCAUCCAGACUCAGAAGACACAAUGGCCACGCGCUUGGGGCGGGAUCAACCCUCUUCAUGGAGGCCGUACAUUCAACACAAUGUCCCCAGAAGAACGGCUCACGUUAAUCAAGACUCUUAUCCUCUGGAGUUUGCAUGAAUCAGAGGCAGUCAAUGGUACGAUUAAAGAAUCAUACAAGCAAGCUCGACACGAUGGCGACGAGAACCAGCCCCUCUCUGUCCAACCCUGGGGCCGCGACGGAGACAAGCGCCGAUACUGGCUGGUCGAAGGUCGAGACGAUACCGCUUUCAGAGUAUACAGGGAAAGCAACCCGGUUCUGAAGCACAAUACCUGGUGGAGCGUGGCCGGUACUAUCGAUGAGCUCCGCGUUCUCUCGGACAAGCUCAAAGAUGAAGAUGGCACGCAGGCUGCCAGGCGGUUGAGUGAGCGCAUCAUCAACGCCAUACCCCGAUUUGAAGCUACCGAAGAGAAGCGCAAGCGCCGCGAAUACCGAAUGAACCGAAAGGCCCAAUUUAGCCGUCCCGAACCCGGUUUCUCACUCUACGAAGGCAGGACUCGUGGAAAGCGCAUGAGGUACACCUUCUCCGACGAAGAGGAUGAAGACACUUCCGAUGCAGGUUCUGCGCGGCGAUCCACGCGACAGUCAGGACGAGGAACGCCGGCCGCACCCUCUGGCCCUACUGUAACUGCUAGUGGCCGUCAUGUUCGGUCGCGACUUGGAGGAGUAUACGGGGAAUCACUGCUAAGCGGGCAAACUACUACCGAGCGGGCAUCACCAGCGACUGGGGAGUAUGAGCGGUCUGAUGCAUCGGAAGAGUCUCACCCAGCACAUGGUCGAUCCACUCGUGCAGCAGCGAACGCUAAGCCAGCCAAUGGAUGGUCGAAGACGCGUAAGCAUAUUGAGGGAUACAACUCCAUUGACGAAAUCGACGAUGAAGAUGACGCCUCAUCUUCUGGUGGAGAGUGGGACGGCGGAGAUGAGGAAGACGAGGUCGAUCGAAUGGAGGUUGACGAAGAGGACGAAGCCGCCUCAAGUGAGGAAGACAUCGACGAAAAUGCUGAGCCGAACCCAACGGCUAGCCUGAUUGUGAAACUGCGAUACGGCAAAGCAUCCAAGUCGCCGGAAGUGAAGCCGGCUGAGCCUCUCCAGGACUCAAUAACUGUCCAGCCAUGGACAGCCAGCGCUCCUCCCAAAGUAGAUCCAGUUCCGAACGGUAUUGCUGCUCCGAUUCAAGCCACACCGAAGCCAAUUCAGGCUGCUCCACAAGCAGCGCCUUCGGCUGUGGCUAACGGCAUCACGGUUCACCAACCUCACGCCAUACCUCCGCCGCAGCCUGCACAAACCGCGACUGUUCUCCCGCCAUUCUCAGCAGUUCCGGCAGACGCACCUUUGAAACAAUACCCUCAGGUCAUGAACGUCCCCAUUACUUCACACGAACCUCCCCAAGCAUUCCAGACCACCAUUUUACCCCCAAAUCCCACCACUGCUUAUGGCUGGCAGUAAUUGAUCAAACGAUAUGAUGUCAUCUUUCCCGGUGUCCCCUCUUAAAGGCCUUUUUUUAUCAGAACGGCGAAGGUGUCUGUUAGCCAUGUAAACUAAGACUGCUGCCUUACUAGCUGUUGGCUUUGACUUGCUGUCAUAUCUACCCGUGCUUCCGGCAUGACCUCCUCUCUUCAGGAUGUCUGAAACAAAUGCUGUCUGUGUCUAACACUGCCUCUUUCUUUCUUUCUUUCUGUCUUAUCUUGUACUCUAGAAUCUUAUGCGGGCUGGAUUGGAGUGGUG